AUUGGUCAUUAUAUGAAGAAAAACCACUUUUAUUAUUCGACAACAUGGAUUUAAACCACGAAAGAGUUAUCAUUUUCGCUGUGGAUGAAGGACUUCGUAUUUUAGCAGAGGCAAAUACUUGGUAUUGUGACGGAAAUUUUAAUCUCAGUCCUGAAUAUUUUAUGCAAUUAUACGUUAUAAGAGUCCCAAAAAAUGAUUUUUUUAUUACUGCGGUAUAUUGUUUUUUAGAGCGUAAGACAACUUCAAUUUAUGAAACAAUGUUUAAAAUAAUUAUUGAAAAAUGCGAAGAGAAAAAUUUGUUUCCUGACCCCAGGUUUCUGCAUGUCGAUUUCGAAAAAGCAGUAAUUACGGCGGCUAUAGUAAUAUUUUUGGUUCGGAAUUAGAAAUAAGAGGGUGCUUUUAUCAUCUAUGCCAGAGUACAUUUCGCAAAAUCCAGAAUUUAGGUUUACAAAACAUGUAUAUGAAUGAUGACAAAUUUAGUCAUUUUUGUUCGAUGAUUGAUAGUUUGGCAUUCUUACCCCUUGAACGGUUGCACGAAGGAAUGGAUUUUUUAAAACAAACAAGCAUUUCUGAAGCGCAUGGAUUGUUGAGUUACUUUGACACCACAUAUGUUAAUGGUUCAUAUAGGAGAGUUGGUGCUGGUAUGAACACACAAUUAAGAAAAACUAAUCCCUUAUUCCUACCAAAAACGUGGAAUGUCUUUGAAGCCACAUUAAAUAGUGAACACAGAACUAAUAAUAUAUGUGAAGCAUGGAACAACCGCUUCACACACUUGGUAGGUCAUAGUCAUCCAACAAUAUGGGUGCUAAUUAAAAAAAUCAAGUUAGAGAUUGGAGCCUAUAGGGCAAAAAUAGCAUUAAGCAGUACAGGACAACCCAUGAAAAAAUCAAAAAUGAAUCAAAAAAACAUCAGGCUUGAAACAUUAUGCAAGCGAAUUCAUAACUCCGAGCUAAGUGUUGAAGAGUUUUUAACUCAAGUGGGACAUAGUAUUAGGACACGGCCAAGGUUAUAGGCUAAGGAUAUAGAUUUUUCAUUCUGAAUUCAAAUGUAAUAAUUGUAUUAUAAAUUAUUGCUAUUAUUUUAAAUAA